AUGCUUGAAAGCAAUCCGAUACUAACAACGACGACCGCUGGUUUCACUAACAUCAAUACACCAUCAACGAGCAAUACAAUAGGUAGUAUUUUUACUCCCGAACAGGUUGCUUGCGUGUGUGAAGUACUUCAACAAAGUAACGAUAUACAACGGCUCGGUGACUUUCUGUGGAAUUUACCAACAUGUGAACAUUUUCAUAACAAUGAAAGUGUAGUCAAAGCUAAAGCAGUUGUUGCAUUUCGUCGAGGAAAUUAUCGCGAACUUUAUCAUAUUCUCGAACGUUAUCAGUUUGCACCGUGUAGUCAUCCACAAUUACAACAAUUAUGGUUACAAGCGCACUAUAACGAAGCAGAAAAACUUCGUGGAAGACCCUUAGGAGCCGUUGGUAAAUAUCGUGUUCGAAGAAAGUUUCCUUUGCCACGAACGAUCUGGGACGGAGAAGAAACAAGUUAUUGUUUUAAAGAAAAAUCGCGUAACGCUCUCCGAGAUUGGUAUCUACAUAAUCCGUAUCCGUCACCACGAGAAAAACGUGAAUUAGCUGAAGGAACAGGCUUGACAACAACUCAAGUAUCAAAUUGGUUCAAAAAUCGACGACAACGUGAUCGAGCAUCAGAAACAAAUGAUAGGCAAGUUGUUCUAUUUGCUUUUAAUGAAGAACAGAUGUGUAUAUAA